UCGACAUCAACUGGGAAAUCCCAGGUUCUCGACACAAUGGCUGAUUAUCCCGACUCGCUUGUAUCGUCAAAAGCCUCGGACUCCGGCCUUCACAUCCAACUUCACCCUCUAAUAUUACUCACCAUCUCCGAUCACAUCACCCGUCACGCCGCGCGAUGCCAGCAGGGACCCAUAGUGGGAGCUCUGCUGGGCCAGCACAACGGCCGUGAGGUCACGCUCGAGCAUGCUUUCGAGUGUUUAGUAACAGAGGGGCCCAACGGUGAAGCUCAGCUUCCCGACAGCUGGUUCGCAGAGAGAGUCCAGCAAUUCAAGGACGUGCACAAAGCACCCGCUCUUGACCUCGUGGGAUGGUGGUCAACCUGCCCCUCCACAGGGCCCAAUGCAGCCCACCUGCCCAUCCACCGCCAGAUCCUCCAGAAACACAACGAGUCCGCAGUGUUCCUCGCAUUCCACCCCGCCGAGGUGGCCGGGGGCCCCUCGGCGAAUGGCGGCAAACUGCCUCUCACCGUCUACGAGAGCGUCUACGAGGGCGAGAACGCCACCGCCAACACGAACAAUAUGCAAGUCGACGGCGAGGAGCAACCGGUCCUAAGCAUCAAGUUCCGCGAGCUCCCUUACUCCGUCGAGACCGGCGAAGCCGAGAUGAUCGGCAUUGAUACCGUCGCGCGAACCGCCCGCAACGCAGCCGUCUAUCCCACCGCAGAAUCGACCUCGCAAUCACUAUCCCAGGCUGAGCCACAGUCAAGUACCGCCCAGCAACCGCCCCCAGAAGAGACACCGCAACAACAACAACCAUCCGCCGAACCCUCAGUCCUCCUCUCCCCCGAAGAAGAAGAGCUAAUCGCCAGCCUCAACACCCGCCUCAACGCCAUCCGAACCCUCGAGUCCCGCAUCUCACUCAUCAAAUCCUACGUCUCCAGCAUCUCCACCGCCACCUCCUCCUCCUCCACCUCCACCACCACCACCACCCAACCCCAGUCCCAUUCCCAAACACCCACCCUCUCCCACCCCCUCCUCCGCAACAUCAACGCCUGCCUCUCCCACCUCUCCCUCCUCACACCCCCCGAACAAAGCGCCUUAGCCGCCGAAACCCGCGCCCAGGCCAACGACGUCCACCUCGUCGCCCUUCUCGGCCAACUUAGCCACAGCAUCAGCAACAUGCGGGAACUCGGGAAACGCACUGCCAUUCUGAACAAUGCGCGCCGGACCAUGGCGGCUGCACGCAAGGCUGCUCCGGCUGGCGGGAUAGGGCCGUUUGGGGGGACUGGCGGUGGCGGUGGUCGUGGUGGUGGCGGCGGCGGCGGCGGCGGGGGGGACCUGCAGAUGCGGAUGGGGUUGCCGGGACGGUACGGGGAUGAGAUACCUUUUACUGGGAAGACGGAUGGGUUUUAG